AUGAAAGAAGAGCAGCCGCUUGAUUUUGCGGGACCAACAACUGUUUCAUCAGCUUUGUCAAAUAAUAAUCGAGCCACACAGCCAACAGUGGCAAGCACUCAUCCCUCUACAGCAAUCUGCCAAGGAUGCUUGGAGAUCAAAAAAGAAGUGCAAGAAAUGAAACAGCAUUUCGAGAGGAAUAUGCAAGCUCUUAUCAAUCAAGUUUGUGCUGCAACCGGUAGUGAACCGAAUACUUUGGCAAGUUCCUCGUCAAGUCGGAAGAAUACAGUUACUCCUGAAUGUCCCGUUGCGUUGAGGCCACUGCCUGCACUGCCAAACCCAUUGUUGCAGUGGAAUCCUUGGCUAUUUCCAUCACUGUUACAACAAACGAGUCCAAUUUUACCAGCGAAUCUACAGGAGCAGCUGCAGCUUGGUCCAAUAAAAAGAUGGAACUCAUCAGGUCUCGAUCGGAAAUGCGACUCAAAUGGCGAUGCACAAAUAGAUCCCGUAAGCAUUGAUAACAACAACGAUUCGUGUUCAACGCCUGUUUCAGCUACUACCAAGAGUGUCAUUAGCAGUACAGAUAAUGCAGCACAUGUAUUCGCGUCGAAGUUGGAUUCACUAUCUUCUCUAAAUCCUUUACUUUUGCAACAGCACCUGCUACAGCAACUGGUUGUGAAUGGUCAGGGUCAUCUGGUGCAGUCGUCAUCAACGCAGAUGCAUCAUGUACAACAGCAAACACGGCACGAACAACAGUCUAAACAGGAUCAUCCUCCACAGCUUCACCUAAGUUCCGCGAAUGUCGUUGAUCAAGCACUAAGCUCUGGUCUUCCAGCUCAUUUGGAAACAUUAGCUGGACGAAAUCAGCAAGCUCAUCAGCAUCUGGUUCAGCAGAUGUUGAACAAUAGUCAGGGUUCCCAAAAUACCUUAGUACGACAGCAACGGCAACAUCUUACUACUGCUUCACCCUGUCGAAAGAAGCCUGUGUCAGAUGACUAUGUCAAAUUCAUACGUCAAAAGGGCAUUUCGCAGAGCAGCAUUUCAGAUAUAAAAAUUCCGGUGCCCCAAGCUUAUCUUUCAGAUCCAGGUUUUACGCCUUGUAGCGAGGAACAGAUUAUUCAUCAAUUUCAUCAGAAUCGUCGCUGUGAUGAUGAUGUGCGUAAGGCAAUGGCAUUUCUUUCGAAAAUGUUGGCUGAAAAGCGGGUAUUUGGUACCAAGUUAAUGGCGCAAACGACCGUUGCUGGUCCAAAUCAUUCAACUUACAAAAAUCUUCCUGAGGAAGGCAUUCACUAUAUUGCUUAUGUGUGUCGUAAAGUGAUGAUGCAUCGAAUCCCUAACGAGGACGAAUUUUGGGAAGUGUUUCGUGAUGUAACGCGUAAACUGGCUGCUCGUUGUCGACGUGUACGGCAUUCAAAAAAGACAAGAAGCGAAGAACGCGAUGCUAAACGACUUCGUGAAAGCAGUGCCAUGGAGCAUCAUCGCCAUCACCAUUUGCAAAUUAGUACCACGGCUGCUGUCACUGUUGAUGAUGAUACUUUGAAAGCUACUGCUCCACUCCUUUCUAAUUUGAAAGGUAAUGCAACAGAUAAUUUCAAUACAACCCUGGAGCAUCAUUUACAAGUUGAAGAACAUCCGAAAGGUAUACAAAGUACCCCAUUGCAGGCAUCAUUUAAGCCCGACACUAGUGUUGCCUAA